GUGUUUGAAGGGGAAUGUACGUACGAAGGCGAAUUCGCUUUUGAAUUAGCUGAAGACAAAGCGAAUUGAGGUGAAAGGACAAACUUCUAUCAACAUUGUACAAUGUCUAUCGCCUUUGAAAUGGACGAGCGACUGCAGGAAAUUUUCCAUUUACGACCUUUACAGGACGAAACUAUUGCCUAUCGCAAUAAUAUAAAACUUUACCAAACUCUGAUGAAGCAGACUUGCAAAGCGGAACUUCAGAAUAUUGUAAAUGUAGAAAUGGAUAUUGCGUGCACAAAAUUGAGAAUGCCCGAUCCAAAAUUAGUGCCACCACUUUCUGCCAACUGUAUGGAUUGCACACCGAAGAUAGAAUCACUCCUGGAAGAAACUAAGAUGACUUCUAUAGGAAUGAAACUGCUAUAACGUCUUUGUCUUUUGUAUUCACUAAAUUGGGCUUGAUUGUUGUCUUAUUUUGUUGAGGCUUUUAUAAACCAUAUGUAAACACUCGAAUGAUGGAUGCAAACUCUGAAAUAUAAUACAACAAAAUUGAA